CGAUACAGUCACGUCGUAACGAAAUUAAACUCAGGAAUACAGUCUUUCAGGUUAAUGUAAGAUUAUUUUUCAUUACGGCAACUCUGAUUUCUGAGCGUAUCUGAUUACAGAUGGUAUACACGGACGCGACCUCUGUACAGUAUAUGAGUAGGCAUGUUGUCAGGGCAAUCGUGACACACGGCAGCGGACCUGUGGACUCCAAUUUAAGGUUCCGUUUUCUUGCAGAAAAAUAAUACGACUCGUAGGGCCAAUAUUUUUUUGCUCCUUUUCAGUUCAGGAAGUGUACAGUAUACUAUCAGUCUUGCGCUCUCUUCAGUGAUUUUGUUCGCUGUGGAUUGUGGGAUUUGGAGAGACAUUGCCAAGGCUAGUUGUUUUGUUGCAGACAGAAGACGGACAUAUUGCGCUACUGCCGUCAGCACAAUGUCAAGCCGAGGAGGAAAGAAGAAAACCACUAAAACAUCCCGGUCGACUAAGGCGGGAGUGAUCUUCCCUGUGGGCCGGAUGUUGCGCUACAUUAAAAAAGGCCUCCCCAAAUACAGGAUCGGUGUUGGAGCUCCGGUCUACAUGGCAGCAGUCCUGGAGUACCUGACUGCUGAAAUCCUGGAGUUGGCAGGCAAUGCUGCCAGAGACAACAAGAAGGGUCGUGUCACUCCCAGACACAUCCUGCUGGCUAUUGCCAAUGAUGAGGAGCUGAAUCAGCUGCUGAAAGGUGUAACCAUCGCGGCAGGAGGGGUUUUACCGAACAUCCACCCAGAGCUACUAGCGAAGAAAAGAGGUGCCAAGGGGAAACUGGAAGCGGUCAUAACUCCACCGCCUGCCAAAAAAUCCAAGACAUCACCCGCUAAGAAAGCAGCUGCCAAGAAACUGGGUGCCAAAAAGGUGUCAACCAGGGCUAAGAGACAGGGGGACGUGAGUAAAACAGCCAGUGCAGACAGCACCACAGACGGAACUCCAUCAGACGGCUUCACUGUCCUCUCCACCAAGAGCCUCUUCCUCGGCCAGAAGCUAAACCUCAUUCACAGUGAAAUCAGUAACUUGGCUGGCUUUGACGUGGAGGGUGUAAUCAACCCCACCAAUGCUGACAUUGACCUUAAAGAUGACCUAGGCAGUGCACUGGAAAAGAAGGGAGGGAAGGAGUUUGGGGAGGCAGUUCUGGAACUGCGCAAGAAGAACGGGCCAUUGGAGGUUGCUGGAGCCGUCCUGACAUCAGGGUAUGGCCUUCCUGCAAAGUUUGUCAUCCACUGUAACAGUCCAGGCUGGGGCUCCGACAAGUGUGAGGAACUACUGGACAAGACAGUGAAAAACUGCCUUGCCCUGGCCGAUGAAAAGAAACUCAAAUCAGUGGCUUUCCCAUCUAUUGGCAGUGGAAGAAAUGGAUUUCCCAAACAAACUGCAGCUCAGCUCAUCCUGAAGGCAAUCUCCAGCUACUUUGUGGCGACCAUGUCAUCUUCCAUUAAGACGGUUUACUUUGUUCUCUUCGACAGUGAGAGCAUAGGGAUCUAUGUGCAGGAAAUGGCUAAACUUGACACUAAUUAAACAUUUUUCUCAUCCCCAAUUUUAUGCUUGUCUGAGAUUUUCAGAGAAAAAAGAAGAAAAAAAAAAAGAAAAUUUACCAAGGAAUUGUUGAAGGGUUUUAUGAAGAAGCAACUCUAUGCUGUCUCUUUCAGAUUUCUGUGUUUUUUUUGUUGUUGUUUUUGUUGUUAUUGUCUUACUGAGUGAUGGACACUGACCUGAGAGAGCAGUAGCAGGUUAUGGAAGUGCUUGGUUAUCAGGACCCUGUCGUCUGACGGGGUUAUUUUCAUGGUCGUUGAAUGAUUGUUGCAUUCCAACUCUUUGCCAUGAGUUUACUGUAAAGAUGAUUCAUUAAUUUUGUGUGUUUGUGCUGUACCCUGAUGGUGUUCUCAUUACUGUCUUUUUUGUGGGAGAAACCUUUUUGGUGACUGUGUGUAUUAUUCAUGUAAUAGAUGGAGUGUAUGUAACAGGUUUUA